UCUUGACCACCAUGCUUCUGAAAGCUUCUCUAAUAGCUUACUGAAUGAUCCCUUCGGCUUUCAUUUCAAGAUGUUCGGCGCCCCUCUUGUACUACUGCUGCCAUUGAUCGCCCCUGGGCUCUCCCAGAGAAGUGACCCGGAAUACAACAGGAUCUGCCCAAGAGGUGAUGACCUGGUGACGCUGCCAUCAGGAAACAAGAUUAGAUACCUUUGCGAUGACUGCUUAAUUGACCCGGUCGCGGAACAUCGAUCCGUAAAAACAAUCGAAGAAUGUGCCGAUCUUUGCAGUAAAGAAGAUUGCAAGGCCACGAUUUGGGACAAAGGACUAUGCUUUACUAGCAAGCUGACAUAUAUUGGUCCAUCCCCAGGAAGUUCCCCAGGCUGCAUCUGGAUGACCGCCCAGACAUGCUUCGACAGUGGAGAUGACUGCGGUACAUGCCUAAAUGAUAAAGAGGAAUGCGAGAAGCAGAAGCGCAAGUGCGAAGAUGACCUUGCACGCUGCAAGCCUGGUGACGACGAGUGCGAGAAGAAGGCACGCAAGUGCAAAGAAGAUCUUACCACUUGUGAGGAUGAAAAGGCCAAGGCAGAGAAGAAAGAGCGCAAAUGCCAACAGGACCUGAUUACCUGUGAGGACGAAAAGAAUGCUUUGGAAAAGGAGAAGCGCCAGUGCCAAGCCGACCUACGGGAAUCCCAGAAGAAAGUCGAUGACCUUCAGAAGGCGGCUGAUCAAUGUACGGAUGACCUAGAGGAAUGCAAAAAAUCAGGCUCUGGCUGGGGAGGAACAGAGGGAAAGAUCAAGUGCAACUCGGGUUCCUUGACCACCGCUACUCUCAACGGCAAUAAAUGGUUGACCUUGUGUGGCUUUAUUAUCAAUGAUGUGAAAGGGGGAGUCCGUGGGUUGACGUUGAAGGAAUGUGUGGAGUCCUGCUCCACCGACGACAAAUGCAGGGCCAUCACUUACGAUGACAAUAAGGGCGAAUGCUAUAAAGCCCAUAAAUUCAAGACUGGGGAUAUGCGGUAUAGUAACUAUUACCACACGGUCUUGCGUCUGACGUGA